CGACAGGCUGCAGAUUAGCUCACCGAUUGCUGUCAUCCAGCUCAAAUGUAUUUUGCUCUGCUUAACUAGGAAGUCCUUGACUUGCUUGCCGGCUUUUAGUUACCACCCCUUUAGUUUCGCCCUCCACCCAUACGUACAUCUAGGGCUGCAACAACGUGCAAAAUAUGGGACGCAAUGCUUACAAGGAGGAUAUUACAAAGGUACCUUAUAGAUAAAGGCAGGGUGUUGCCGCUGGAAUGAACGGAUGUCGCUGGGAUUUGGUUGGCUUGGCCUAUAGGCGCUCUAUGAGAGUGUUUCAUGCGUGAUGCCCUUCCUGAUAACGUCUUGAAGUAUGUCUUAUGCUGGUUUAGCCAUAAUGAAUGAGCGCUGUGGGGUCACUUCCAGUGGUGGCUGCUGAUGCCCAUACCCAAGUCAACAUGCAUCUGAAGUGCAACAAGCUUUCCAGCAUGCGCCGGAAGCCUGGGAACAGCUACUUGGUCAUGAAUUGCGGUUUCAAGGUGGCAGUGUACAUCGUGCACGUACUAAGUCAAGUUAAGUAGCUCUUAGUGUCCAGGGUGAAGGGGCUGAGGAGGUCGGUGGGAAGCACACAUGUUCAUUCAGAACGUGUAUCAAGUACUUGUGAGGUGCACACGCGGUACGGCGUCUUGCGCCACCCCGUUCGGCCCGUCCAGUAAUAGGCAAGCGAUGAGGGGCGAGCGGCGUACGGCUGCUUGGUUGGAUCAAUAUGUCACUCUUGACGUUCGGACUCCCCUGUAGUACUCGCAUUUGACGAGCCCUGCCGACCGGUUGCCAUUGAUUUUUCUGCGUGGGACGUAUUUGGAACUCAGCGUAUUUACAUGUGGAAUACGGACGGUAGCUAAACCGUCACUUCGAGCUGAAACAUCUACUUGCAGACUGACCCCGCUUCGUCUGAAGACAAAAUUUUAAGUGCCGCUUAAGAAGCUAGGAAGCCAAGAGCUUCGCGACCCGUGGGUCAACAGUCACUCCGGCUCCAGUCCACAACAUGAGCGCAGCGCCUGAGGUCGUUGCGACUUCCAGCAAAACCAAGGGCAGCAGCAAGCUGGGCUUGUUGUACCUGAUAACACGCGGGCAUCCAACCAACUAUGACAUGCUGGUUUUCCGUACGCUGAAUCGCGACAUGAAACUCCCCAACCACAAUGAGGACCACCUGGCGGAGCGGCUGCGAGACGAGCUCAUGCCGGUGCGCAGCUGGAUGCUGAAGCACCUGCCAGGCAGCAAAGGGCAGCUGAGGCGCACACUGGAAAACUCGCUAUGGGGUGUGCCCGGAGCCGUCAACUUUAUCGACGCGCGCACCAAGUGGUUCGACAGCGCAGUGAAGGAUGCGCUGGCAGCGGGCAUUAAGCAGGUGGUGGUGAUAGCCGCUGGGUACGACACACGCGCCUACAGGCUGGGUGCUCCGGGCGUGCGGUUCUUCGAGGUGGACCUGCCCUCCGCUUCAGCCACCAAGCAACGCCUCGUGGAGAAGCUGGGGUUCGUGGAAGACCCGGCCAUGCUCCCAACCUACGUCGCAGCGGACUUGUCCAAGGUGCCCAUAACCCAGGCGCUGGAAGGUACCGGCUUCGACGCCUCGCAGCCCACCCUCUUCACCAUUGAGGGCCUUAUCUACUACCUGCCUGCACCGGCCUGCGCCAGCUUAUUCGAGGCGCUGUCCGGUCUCUCCGCCCCCGGCAGCCGCAUCUACUUUGACUUCAUGAACGCGGCUGCGCUGGAGGGACGCGGCAAGUUCCCCGGCUUCCGAGUCACACGCAAGUCCGUGGCCAACAAGGGCGAGCCCUUCCUGUCUGGUAUCGAGUCC